AUGGACACCUUCAACGACGCCAAUCACCUCGUCCUGCGCGAUCCCGAGGACUCUCAUCCCCAGGUCCUGAACCUGGGUGCGCCUCCUCCAUCAAGACCUGCUUUCGUCAGCUCGGCAGGCCCUCACGGCGUCGUCGACCCCAUCCCCAACCAACUACUCGCUCUCGCGGAUCAGGUCUCCAACUUCUACAUGAACCUGAGCCCCGCCCAGGCUCAGCGACUCCUCGUCGACCUCCAAGAGAUACAUUCAGAUGUUAAGGAGGGCAAGAUACAGGUGCACGCCAAGUCUCUUGACACCGUUACCAUCAACGCCACUGCCCUAGAGGGAUACUUAAAGGUGGCCGUGCUAGGUGGUAAAGAUACCAAGAUGGUGAAAGACCAGAUUGCUGCUUUGUGGGAUAUAUGGCGAAAGAGGAACAUGAAGGUAGAUCCUGUACGCGACGACUACCGGGCCCGCGUCUGGGGUAAGGAGAGCGUCUUGUGGAUGAAGGAGAUCUUGUGUCUCGCACAUGGUGUCUGA